AGCAUUCAUUUUGCCUUGCUCUCACACACGUGCUCCCCAACAAUGAGCUGCUCGUGCCGCGCCGUCCCAUGGCGGACGUUUGCGCGUGGUCUCGCUCAGAUUCACCGGCCCGACGCUUCUCCAGCCGUACAGUUUCGAUGGCCGGCCCGUCCUCUGGUGGUCUUGGGGCAGAAUCGUGGACUGCACGCUUCGGGACUUAAGAGGCAGGAUGGAGCGGCGACAGCGGUGGACACGAAGAAGAAUGGAGAGGAGGGAUCUCAGGGUGCGAUUGGAGAGGAUGCGCAGCCAAGCACGACGAAAGCGCUGGAUGAGAUGGCGUCGAGUAUAGAUGCUGAGGCGGAUUCACAACCGGUCGAGAGGAAACGGACGAGGAGGGAUGGAAGUGGGAAGAGAAGAUUUGCUGCUGCAGAUGGAGAGGAGGGCUCAAAGAACACGACAUCAAGAGCAAAAAUGGAACGAAAAGUCAGGCCAGGCUCUGCCGAAACCCAACCGACAGAUUCAACAGGACAGUCGUCAAAGUCAAGGCCUAGGACCCAAGAGCCGUGGCAGGUCCAGAAAGCAGCACUCAAAGAGAAAUUCCCAGAGGGAUGGCAGCCGCGCAAACGACUCUCACCAGACGCCCUGGCUGGGAUCCGGGCUCUCAACGCACAAUUCCCCGACAUUUACACCACGGAUGCGCUAGCGGACAAAUUUCAGGUGUCGCGCGAAGCGAUUCGACGAAUCCUCAAGAGCAACUGGAGGCCCUCGGUAGAUGAAGAAGAGGACCGCCAGCAGCGCUGGUUCAAGAGAGGCAAGCAAGUGUGGGAGCAGAAGGCGGCGCUGGGGAUCAAGCCGCCGCAGAGAUGGCGGAUGGAGGGCAUCGCGCGAGAUCCCGCGUAUCACGAGUGGAGUAAGAAGGCAUCGCAGCGCGAGCAAGAGUGGGAGGAGGAGGAGAUACGCAAGUAUAGGGCGUAUCGGGAGAAGAUGAAGAAGAAGGCGGAGGGGAAGAGGAAGUUGUGAGAAGUUACUUAUCAUGAUUUUGCGUGUACGAUUGUGUGGAGGCAUGGCAUUGAUGGGCUUAUAUAAAUUUGUUGGUUUGGGAUAGACUCUGCUCUGGGAUAUAUCAUGGGUUACGGCAUCAUCACGGCACAAGCUUUGCAUAUGGACAUUUUUGUACAAAUCUAGACUGAAUGAAUGAAUACCUUGGAAUGAUAACCGACGAGAAGCACUCCAUAAUGAAG